UGGUCAGUAGUAGUGUUACCCUAACUUCCAUGAAAGUCAACUGUCUUUGAUACUUUUAUUUGUUUAACACAAAUGGGUUCUUUUUGAAAAAUAUCAAUCGAGUAUACAAUUUUUUUGGUACUUUUAAAAAAAGUAUCAGUCAGAAAAUUACGUAUACCUAAAUCGAUAAAGAUAAAACUACUACACUCUUUUAAUCAAUUACGUGUGGUAAUUGUCCAAAGAAGUUUAAAAUAAUGGCGUCUAUCGGUGAACAUUGCUCGGCACUUGAUAGUGAUUCAGUUCACAAAAACCACGAAGGUUAUGUGUGCGGCUUGUGCCAACAAGAGUUUACAUCAGAACAGAACUUGAAUGUUCAUCACGAAAUUGUUCACAAAGGUAGAAAAAACUACGUAUGCGACGUAUGUCAAAAAGCGUUUACAACAAAUGGGUCCUUAAAAGUUCAUCGCAGAACUGUUCACGAAGGACAAAGAGACUACGUAUGCGACAUGUGUCCAGAAGUAUUUUCACAGAAGGGAAAUUUGUCGGAGCACAGAAAAACAGUUCACGAAGGACGAAAAAACUAUGAAUGCGAUGUGUGUCAAGAAGAAUUUUCUGAUCGGAGAAAUUUUAAGAAACACCAAAAAAUAGUUCACGAAGGGCGAGAAGACUACGUAUGUGAUGCGUGUCAAAAAACGUUUGCAACAAAUCAGAACUUAACAGUUCAUCGCAAAACAGUUCACGAAAAACAAAAAUACUACGUUUGCGACCUAUGUCCAAAAGCUUUUGGAAGAAAAUAUCAAUUGACAGUUCAUCGCAAAACUGUUCACGAAGGACGAAAAGACUACGUAUGCGAUGUGUGUCAAAAAACGUUUGCAACAAAUCAGAACUUAAAAGAGCAUAAAGAAACUGUUCACGAAGGACAAAGAGACCACAUUUGCGACGUGUGUCAAAAAGCAUUUACAACAAAACGGUCCUUAAAAAUGCAUCGUAGCACUGUUCACGAAGGACGAAGAAAUUACUUAUGCUACAAGUGCCAAAGAACAUUUAAACAAAGAAUCCAUUUGAUGAAACACAAUGAAACAGUUCACGAAGGACGAAGAGACUACGUAUGCGACAAGUGUUCAGAAACAUUUUCACAGAGUAGCAGUUUGUCGAGGCACAAAAAAAUAGUUCAUGAUGGACAAAGAAACCACAUUUGUGACGUAUGUCAAAAAGCAUUUACAACAAAUCAGCACUUAACAAUUCAUCGCAGUACCGUUCACGAAGGACGAAAAGACUACGUAUGCGAUGUGUGUCAAAAAACGUUUACAACAAAUCAGAACUUAACAGUUCAUCACAAAUCUGUUCACGAAGGAAGAAAAGACCACAUUUGCGACGUUUGUCAAAAAGCAUUUGGAACUAAACAAAAUUUGACAGAUCAUGAAGAAGGAGUCCACGACAGCCAAAAAGAUUUUGAGUGCUACACAUGCCACAAUGUAUUUAAAUGGAAAAGAAGUUUAUUACAGCACAUGAGAGUACACGAUGAACCCAAAAAACAAGAAUCCAACAACUCAAAUUCGUCAUUGAACAUUCAAGAUAAUACAAAACAGAAAUUGUACACAAUCAAUAGAAAUAAAGCGAUGAGGAAAUGCAACGAAUGCCAUGAAACAUUUGAUCAAAGACGUCAAUUGAUGAUUCACAUUUUUAAUGUUCAUCGAGCAAACAACUCAAAACGUACUUGAAAAGAUACCUAAUUACUUACUAAAAAUGUGCCAUCUAACAACAUACACUAAUUCAAUUUUAUAUAAUUUAAUUCAAUUGUACAUGGAAUAAAGACC